AAAAUCGAACAGGGUAUAAUUCAAGAAGUAAUCCUGUUUAUUCAAAAAGAAAAGUCGCUUAACUUAUCAGAUAAAAAAACAUCUUCAUUUUGUGAGACUAAUAUUUCUGAAACUCGCGAUAAUAAUGUGGAUAAAGAUGGACAAGAGUUGGCCCGGUUAUUUUCUGACGCUGAGAUCACGGAAGAGUCGUUUGACCACAAGACGGACUGUUACAUAAAAUCACUAAGAGCAAUCGUUGACUUUGAUCAUGAUAGUUUGAAGAGAACGUGGCGUGUCUGGAGGCCUGCUUGGUCGCCUGACAUUCAAGGCUGUUCGCUGAGCCACAAAACUGGGAAUGACGUGUCGGGAGGCCUGCUUGGUCGUCUGGCAUUCAAGGCUGGUGGCCGUAAAAAAGCAAAGGAGUGGAAUGACAAACGUCCACAUGGUCAGAUUCACGUCCACCAGGGAAUGGAAAUAUAUGUAUUAGCGACUCUUUCUUUUGUAUUUAGUUAUGAUGAAAUCAAAGCACUAAUCGUUAAAAUGAUCAAGGCAUCUGAUUUUCGAAAAGCAGUAAAUGAAAAUUUCAUGUCAACAAGAGGUGAUGAGGAUAAAGAAUUCGCAUGGGAUUUUGCUUAUCAACUGGCCAAUUCUUUUGAUCAUGGAAAUGAUCUUCUUCAUACCAACAUGUCGGAAAGGAUGUAUCGAGAGAUUUUCUUAACACCUGUAAUUCGAAGUUUAUUUCGAAAAAAAAGUACAGACCCGGAUCUCUUUUUUGGCGAGAUAUGCUUAUACGCAUCGGCUGAAGACGCCGAUUUAAAGAAGAGCGACGCAGAAGACCGAAGUUCGGGACGAAAGAUUGAUGCCGUUUGGGCCACAAAACCUCCAAAGGUAGAGUUCGCAAUUUGUGAAGUUAGUGGACCCCCCAACCAACGACUACAUUCGCAUUAUUUUACCGACAAAAUAAAGAUCGGGAAAAUGUUAAAAAUAGUGCUAAAUAGAAUAGCUCGAGUUUAUGGUGGGGAUAGUACUAUUUUCAAUUUAUUGAAGCUUUACGCUUUGCAGAUUAAUGAUCACAAUGCAAUUGUAUACGAAAUGACCGUACCGUAUCGAGAAUUAUACUUAUUUAGAGAAGUAAUACGAACGGAAUUACCAACAAGUCAAGAAAUGCUUUGUAAAAGUUUAAGUGAACUACGUGAAUAUAUUAUGGAAGCUGGCUUACAUACACCAUCUGAAAAAAUUAAAGCAUCUCUAUUUGUUACAGAAAUGACGUAUACGCCCCAUCAAAAAAGGAUAAUAAUAAAAAAGAAAUAG